AUGCCGGAAGAUAUACGCAAAGCUCAUGUUCUAACGACCAUAGCGAAUUAUUUUGGUAGUCACCCCGACUCUCUCUCAUCGCUAUACGAUCAUCCAGCUUUAGGAAACUUUCUCGAUGAUGCCAAUUGUCCAUUACUUUCAGCAGCACGCGGUCACAAGCAUUCAAUUCACCUUUCCAAUGAAAUUAAAGUAGCUGAUGGCAUACAAACUCUUGUUCAGUUUAAAGUUCGACCAGAUAUCAUCACCGCUGAGAAUAUUCAUAGAGGUAUAUUUCUAUCGACUAUGAUUGAUUCGCCGUUGGAUUCACUUUACUAUAUGAUCAAAUCGGUUUUUGCACCUGCACUACGUGAUGCGAAAACAGGCAGUUCGUCAACUCAACAGAUUCAAAGUUCAUUGAGCGAACUGGAACAAGUUCUUCGUGCAGCAGGAAAGAAGGGUGGAGGUUCAUCAAUAGGCAAUGUGUUUCAUCCAAAAGAUGAAAUUGAUUAUUGGACACAGAUUGCCAAUGGUGGUUCAGCUAAAGAUCAGGAUGUCGAUCGUGCAAAAUAUUUUCUUCAAAUCUUAGGUCCAGUCAAAGCAGAUUUUGAAAAACUUGACAAAUUAGAUCUCAUCACGCUUCUCGAUGUAGUCGAUAGAACCUACGAUGUGUACAAUGAAUUGUGGGCACAAGUAGAACACGAUGAAUACCCAGAACAACGUAUGAAACAUCUACUGACAAUAACAUCCAAUGCUCUCGUUCGAGCUGUUCAAAAUCAAUUAGCAACAAUUGAUUUAUGGUUUGAUUCGAAGGAUUCGAUGAAAGAUCGCGAAACACUUCGCACUGGCGUGACCGUCUGCGAACGUUGGUCACAAACGGUUGAGCAGUUGACUGCUACUUCUUGGCCCAACUAUAAACCACAUUUAUGGAAAGGCGAGCCUGUUAAACCGACCUAUUUACUUCAAUUCAGAAAACGCUUGAAUGAAAUUAUCGGUGUACGAUCAUCCUACGAACAAAGUAUGCGUUUUAGCGCAUCAGCCAACAAAGAAAGCCUUUCGCCGAAGAAAGUGUUUGCACCAUUCAUAAACUUUGAUCCGAUUCAACUUGAUGCAACAACUGAUGCUCAAUGGCAUUCGGCGAAAAGUCAAUUUGAAGCGUUAAUGACAAAUACAGAUCGUGAUGUUGCCAAACAGUUGCGUGAAUAUUUUCGAAGUAUUCAUUCUAAUCCUCAACAAAUGUUAGUCGAUUUCAAACGCUACAGUGAUCUGAUUCAACGUGAAACCAUACGCAAAGAAUUGGCCUCCGAGCGUGAAUUACUCCUCGGACAACUGGAAAGUGAUAUAAAAACUUUAACAGAUGAAUUGAAUAGUCUAACGAAUGGUAGAAUGGGUCAUCGUGGAGGAAGAAAAUCGAUAACAAAAGGCGUUAAUCGAACGACUAUUGCUGCUCUGCUUGAUGCUAGCCGACAGAUUGAAACAAAAGUAGAUAAUAUCAUCACUGACGGAGAAAAGUUACUUGGUGAUCUACAAGGUUAUGUUCGUGUUUCCACCUUAGCAAAACAGCUCAAACAGGACAUAAUCGAUUGGCGAAAGGAUAAAUUUCGUGAAUGGUGCCAGGAUAACAUUCGUGCGAUUGAGGAUCCAAAUCAAGAAUUGAGUUUGGAGACCAGUGGUCGUUUGAUGAAAUUCAACUCAAAUGACGGAACGGUUCGAGUGCUCUAUGGUAACCGAUUAGUUACAUUACUUAAUGAAGCUCGGCAGUUAUCAUCCCUCGGCUAUGAUAUUCCAUCGAAAAUUAACAAGUGUGUCGAAGUCGGAAAGAAAUUCUAUCAAUACGGAGUUGAACUUCAAGCAAUCGCACAUUUCUAUAAUACAAUUAAUACGGAGAUGAUUCCAAGUCAACAGCCAAUGAUGAUUGAUUUAGCCAAAGAAUUCGAACGUCUUAUCAAAGAUCCCAAAGUAUCUCAACGAGGUCGAGGUGGUGAUGGCGACUCCAGUGGACAAAUCACAUGGGAUAAUCCGGAGAAAUUGUCCCGUUACAUCACAGCACUUCGAACGAUCGCCGAUAAACUAAAAAACGAAAAUCUGAAACUCCGUCGUCAUCACUUAACAAUUCAACAGAUUGUUUGUUCGUUAAUCAAUACGGAUCUGUUGCGUGAACCACAUAAAUGGCACCAGCAAGUACAAGAAAUCCGUAAGAUAAUGGAUAAAAUCGCCAAUGAUGGUUAUGAUCCCAAGUCGAUGAAGUCAUGGCGAAGUUUUUGGGAUAGACAAUUGUACAAGGCACUCGAUCUUCAGUAUUCAAGCGGAUUGAAGGCUUUAAAUGAAAAUCUUCCAGACAUUAAAAUCGACUUGAUUUUUGGAGAAAAAUCCAUUCAAUAUAAAUUACCAAGUUCACCGAAAGCUCAAACAAGUAUUGAAGCCAUCAAAGCGUUAUACUACCGUGAAAUGAAACGAUUUCUUUCCAUACCAUUAACAUUCAAAGGAUGUGCUGAUCCUACAUCAGCUAACAGACAAUUGAUCUUUCAGAGUAUCAUGUCGUUGCAUAGCGAUGAUCUCGUUGCGUGUUUUUACACUUCGAAUGAGUUAUUUACGAAGCUCGAGCGCGGUUUAGAUCAAUUUAAAGAAUGGGUUGUGUUAGGACAAGUAGAUAUCGAUGAAUUAGUUGAGAAAAAUCUUCAAGAGGUGGAAGAUUGGGAAAGAAAUUUCCGUGCACUGAAGAUCCGCGGUCAAGAUGCAGAAAAAUUACCCAGUGAAGUUCGAUACGAUUGUUUUAUUGUCAAUGUCAAUCCUCUGAAAUUAACCAUUGAAAAUCAACUACGACGAUUACAUGACGCGAUGUUAAACUACUUGAAGCGUUCGAUCAUUCGCGAUGCUAAUCUCGUUGAUACAUUCGUUGAUCAGAGCUUUGAAAGCCUAAAAGAUCGUCCGCAGACUCUUGAUGAAAUCAGCGAAUCUUACAAAAAACACGAAGAAUUAAAUGUUAAACGUAAAGAGAUUCUCCCGUUAUAUCAACGUUUAGAAUCGAAAAAUAAACUGUUACGUUCGGUUGCUGGCAGUGGUCAUGAACUCGUCGCAGAACUGCAGUUCAAACUGGAAAAAUUCGAAUCAAUGAUGGACUCACAUAUACAGAUGAUCAAUGAUCAGAAAGAUGUUUUGAGACAAAACGUUCAAGCCCGUUAUGAUAAAUUUAUAAACGAGUGUGAAAAGGUAAAGUUACGUUGGCAACAAUUUCGACCGCGAGAGCAAGAUAUGGAAGAUGAACGAAAAUGCCGUGAUGCGUUGAAAGUUGUGCGAGAAAAAGAACAGGAAACCCAAGAGUUAAUGAAACAAAAGGAGAAAAUUAUUGAAGAAUUUCGAUUGUUCGGUAUGAACGAGCCCGCAUUUCAAGAUUUGGACGAAGUUAAUAACGAAAUCGUUCAAAUCAAGAAUGUUUGGGGAGUUUAUGAAGAGUAUCAACAAGAAUUGAAUGAGUUAACCAAAGAAGAUUGGAUUUCAUUCCGCAGCAAGACUUAUCGUUUCGAUGAGUUUCUCUCGAAUUGGCAGGAAAAAUUGAAACAAUUCGCACCAACCGAUUCAUCGAAAUCUUCGAAGAAAACCUCCACAAGUAAUAUGAACGUCCGUAUUCAACAGGAAAUUGACAAUUAUCGUAUGAUUACACCGUUGUUCAAAUGGGUUCGUGGCGAAGCCUUGUCUGCAGAUCAUUGGCUAGACGUAUUCCGUAUGUUGAAACUUCCACGUGGAACAAUGCUGGAACGCUUGACGUUCGGCGAUAUCCUCAGAGCUCGACAAGAAAUUGCAGAACAUGCCGAACAACUGAAAGAUUUGAAUGUUCGUGCACAAGCUGAACAUACAAUUCGCGAAGCGCUGAAAGAGUUAGAGAAUUGGGGUGCGGGCGCCCAGUUCUCCUUGAUUGAUUAUAUGGAUACCAAACAACAACGAAUACAAAUUAUUAAAGAUUGGAAAGAUUUAUUUACACAAAUCGGCGACAAUCAGAGUUUAUUAUCGUCAUUGAAAGAUUCGCCGUAUUAUAAAAACUUUGAAAGUCAAGCACAGAUCUGGGAACAACGAUUAGGUGUUCUCGAUGAUUGUCUGCAUACACUCAAUCAAAUUCAACGUAAAUUUGUAUAUCUUGAACCGAUUUUUGGCCGAGGUGCUUUACCAAAGGAACAGGGUCGUUUUCGUGAGGUGGACAAAGAAUUUCGUGAGAUUAUGUCUGAUAUUGCCUCCAAUCCUCGUCUAGUGAUUCUUGCACAACGCAAGGAUCUUUCGAACCUAUUGAAAAACAUGCUCGAUCAAUUAGGUCGUUGUCAAAAAGCUCUGAAUGAACUUCUCGAAGAAAAACGUUCGAUUUUCCCACGUUUCUACUUUAUUGGUGACGAUGAUCUCCUAGAAAUUCUCGGACAAGCAACUAAUCCAAAUGUGAUUCAAUCUCAUCUAAAGAAGCUUUUCGCUGGCAUUCAUUCUGUUCGUUUCGACGAUUCGAAUCAACACAUUCUCGGCAUGCGCUCAUUGGACGGUGAACUCGUUCCCUUGUCGAAGAAGAUUCGUAUAACAACUUCUGUUGAAGAGUGGCUGAAACAAUUAGCUAAAGAAAUGUUUUCAACCUUACAACAACUAUUAAUCAAUGCACUGCAGGAUUCACACAAACAAUUGGGUCAAGUGCCAGUGGAAAAAUAUCCAUCACAAAUUUCGUGUUUAGCAGAAUCGAUUAUUUUCACAGAACGAUGUGAAGAAGCGAUCAAGAACGGUCAACUAGACAAAUUCCAUAGUGAAAUCCAACAAGUUCUCGAAAAAUACACAAAUGUGCAUGUUCAGACGAAUUCUAUUGAAGGCGUCGUCACUGAUCUGAAAUACAAAGCAUUAAUCAUGGACACCGUUCACAAUAUGGACGUCGUUCAACAAUUGAAAGACGGACGCGUUCGAAAUAUCUAUGAUUGGCUAUGGCAAAAGCAGUUGAGAUUUUAUUUAGAACACAACAGUGCGUUGAUUAAAAUGGUUGACGCACAAUUCAAUUACACUUAUGAGUAUCAAGGCAAUGCACCGAAACUUGUACAUACACCAUUGACGGAUAAAUGUUAUUUGACGUUGACACAGGGAAUGCAUAUGGGUUUUGGUGGCAAUCCUUACGGACCUGCUGGUACGGGUAAAACUGAAUCUGUUAAGGCUUUGGGAUCGAUAUUUGGACGGCAAGUGCUUGUCUUCAAUUGCGAUGAAGGUAUCGAUGUCAAAUCAAUUGGUCGAAUCUUUAUUGGUAUUUGUAAAUCUGAUGCUUGGGGAUGUUUCGAUGAAUUUAAUCGUUUGGAUGAGGCUGUCUUAUCAGCAGUAUCUAUGCAAAUUCAAGUUAUUCAAGACGCUCUGAAAAGUGGUGCACCGACGUUGACAUUACUAGAUCGAAAAAUCGAAAUCAAUCCCAACUCAGGUAUUUUCGUCACUUUAAAUCCAGCAGGAAAAGGUUACGGUGGUCGAUCGAAACUACCGGACAAUUUAAAACAACUGUUCCGACCUGUGGCAAUGUCCAAACCAAAUAAUGAACUCAUCGCUGAAGUUCUCCUAUAUUCCGAUGGAUUCAAAAAUGCCGAUAUUUUAGGAAGAAAACUAGUUGCAUUGUUUAACCUAAGCAAAGAACUUUUAACAACACAACAGCACUACGAUUGGGGUUUACGAGCAUUGAAAACUGUAUUGAAAGGUUGCGGAACAUUAUUACGAAAUGCAAAAACAAAUAAAGUUGCAAUCGAUGCAAACUUCGAAUCUCAGCUAGUUGUUCAAGCUGCACGGAUCAAUACACUGUCGAAGUUAACCUUUGGCGAUUCGAAACGUUUCGAUGGUCUUCUCCAGGACAUCUUUCCUGGUAUCGAUCUAAAAGAUAUCGAAUAUGAAAAUCUCCGACAAGCAUUGCACGAAAUAUACAAAGAACAUCAUUUGCUUAUCAACGACAUGCAAAUUCGCAAAGCUCUUGAACUAUAUGAACAACUUCGGCAACGUAUGGGUGUGGUCAUUGUCGGGCCAUCUGGAUCGGGCAAGUCAGUCUUAUGGAAAAUGCUUCAACAUGCAAUGCAGAAGACGGGCCAACAAGUUCGAACGUACGUGAUGAAUCCAAAAUCAAUGCCGCGAAUGCAAUUACUUGGUCAUAUUGAUAUUGAUACACGUGAAUGGUCGGAUGGUGUACUAACAGCAGCAUCACGUGCGGUUGUCAAAGAGCCACUUGAAAUUCAAUCGUGGAUUGUAUGUGAUGGUGAUGUCGAUCCUGAAUGGGUUGAAUCAUUAAAUUCAGUUCUGGAUGAUAAUCGUCUAUUGACAAUGCCAUCCGGUGAACGUAUACAAUUCGGACCGAACGUGAAUUUUCUGUUCGAAACGCAUGAUUUAAGUUGUGCUUCACCGGCAACAAUCUCUCGAAUGGGAAUGAUCUUUCUCAGCGACGAAGAUACUGAUGUUAAAGCAGUUGUUCAAUCAUGGUUGGCUAAAGAGCCCGAAGAGACACGUUCGACAACAGAACAAUAUAUCAAUGAUUAUUUCUUUGAAGCAUUCAAAUGGAUUACCGAACAGAAUGAUUUUAUCGUUGAAACAACACUAAUUGGUACUGUUCUCAAUGGUUUAUCACAUUUACAUGGUGUGAAUGAUAAGGCGAUGUUUACUUUGGGAUUAAUUCGUGGUUUGGGUGGGAAUCUAACUGAAAAAACCAAAGAAGCGUUUGCACGUGAAGUUUUUCGAAUCACGGGUGAACAUCCACCUGAUGCCAGUAAUUUAUUAGCAACAAAAUAUGAUGAAAAGAUGAAAAUACUGAUUACUUACAUGAAUGAUGAAAAGUCUGACCUGACUGCCGAUAGUUUCAAUAAUAUGUACGAUUUGCCGGUAGUUCGAACGGUAGAUAUUCAACGUUACCUUGAUUCGUUUCUACCUUGGCUUGAUACUAAACAUCGGAAACCAUUUCUAGUCGUUGGACCUGAUGGUUGUGGCAAAGGAACACUGUUACGCUACUGUUUUCGUCAGUUGCGUUCAACACAAGUCGCUAUAUUACAUUGUAGUGCGCAGACUUCACCUAUCCAUGUAAUUCAGAAACUAAAUCAAUCAUGCAUUCAAGUUUCAUCUACCAAUGGUCGAACAUAUCGACCAAAAGAUUGUGAAAAUCUCAUUUUAUAUGUCAAAGACAUCAACUUACCUAAACUUGACAAAUGGGGCACAAGUCAACUAAUUGAAUUCUUGCAACAAAUUUUGACUUACAAUGGUUUCUACGAUGAAAAUCUUGAAUUUGUUAAUCUGGAAAACAUUCAAAUCGUCGGAAGUAUGAAUCCAUCGAAUACACUUGGUAGACACAAACUAUCGACGCGUUUCACAUCGAUUGUUCGAAUCUGUUCUAUUAACUAUCCCAAUGAAGAGCAAUUACAGAUAAUCUACGCCAAUUAUCUGCAAGCUAUACUUCAACAACAACUACCAAACCAUAAAGUUUGGUCGGCACACGGAAAAGUCCAUCAACUUGCUCUAUCCAUGAUUCAUGUCUAUAAUGAAUUACGAUCAAAAUUUAGUCAAGAUGAGCAUAGUCAUUAUUUGUUUACACCGAGAGAUUUGACGCGCUGGUGUCUGAGUUUAUUACGCUAUGAUUUUUCAUCUAUUCGAAAUGAUGGAAGUACAGAGAGUUUGUUGGAAAUCUGGACGUAUGAAGCAUGCCGGCUAUUCAAAGAUCGACUCGUAGGAAACGAAGCGCAGGAUAAAUUUGAUCAAUUGAUGGAUAAAAGCUUACGAGCUGAUUGGUCAUCAAGUGCUGCAAAUGCUUUGCGAGAUACAUUCUUUGUAUCAUGGGUGACUACUGGCAACCGUCGAGCACUUCCACCGGCUGGUCGGAUAUUAUCGCGUCUAACAGGAAAAGAUUUGCGACCAUUUAUCGAACGUGGUAUUACUCGAUAUCGAGCUGAUUAUCGUGAUACAGACGUGUUCAUUUUUCGGGAAAUACUCGAUGCUAUUGUUCGAUGUGAUCGUGUCUUAACGACGCCCGGUGGCUCGUUAUUACUUGCUGGUCGAAGUGGUGUUGGUCGUCGCACAGCAGUUGGUAUUGUAGCUUCGAUGAAUAACAUGAAACUAUUUUCUCCGAAAGUCAGUCGAGCUUAUGGAAUCAAACAAUUCAAAAAUGACUUGAAAACAAUCCUACAGAGUGCAGGUGUUGAAGGCGAACAAUGUGUUUUGUUAAUGGAGGAUUAUCAAUUUAUCGAGGCAACCUUUGUGGAAAUCAUCAACAGUCUUCUAUCGGCUGGAGAAGUUCCAGGACUCUAUUCGCCCGACGAAUUAGAAGCAAUCUUGUCUCCACUACGUGAAGAAUCUUCGCAAGAGAACUUUCGUGGAACAAUGGUUCAAUAUUUUGCACAAAGAGUGAAAACCAAUUUACAUAUUGUGCUAAGCAUGGAUUUUACUCGACCUACAUUUACGGUUGCAUGUCAAAGUAAUCCUGGCUUUUUUAAAGAAUGUGCUGUUCAAUGGAUGGAAGGUUGGUCCGAAAGAUCAAUGGUUAAGAUUCCAGCAAUGUUGUUCUCAAAGGACCGAUCCGAGGAAGAGUCUAAAGGAGUACCAAAUGAAAAAAUAAACAUCGAUGAUGUUCUGUCGAAUUUAUUCUAUUCAAUACACCAAUCAAUGGAGAACAAAUUUUUAACACCACGCCGUUAUUUAGUUUUACUUGAAACUUAUCGUGAAGUUUAUCUGACAAAACAACAUGCGAUUAUCAAAAGACAGAAACAUCUCAAGUCGGGUGUGUCGAAAUUGAACGAUGCAAGAAAAGUUGUCGAUGAUUUAAAACGUAACGCUGAAGUCAAACAAAAAGCUUUAGCUGUUAAACAACAUGAAGCCGAUGAAGCGCUCAAACAGAUUACCAAAAGCAUAGCGGAUGCCGGAACACAAAAGAUGGAACUGGAACAACUUAAAGUUAAAGUUAACGAGGAAACAGCAUCGAUCGAACGACAGAAACGUCAAAUUGACGAUGAAUUAGCUGAAACGCAGCCGUUGGUUGAUCAAGCCAAACAAGCAGUCGGUAAUUUGAAAGCUGACACGUUGGUUGAAAUCCGCUCACUACGUGCGCCACCUGAUGUGAUUAAAGAUGUUCUCGAAGGCGUUCUCAAACUAAUGGGCUUCUCCGAUACAUCAUGGACAUCCAUGAAAGCUUUCUUAGGCAAACGUGGUGUCAAAGAAGAUAUCAUGAGUUUCGAUCCACGUAACGUCUCGUCAGAUAAUCGUGAAACUGUCGAACAGUUAUUACGCAAGAAAGCUGAUUCGUUUAAUCAAGAAAAUGCUGCAAAAGCGUCUCAAGCAGUUGGUCCACUUGCUACAUGGGUCAUAGCCAAUGUCAAAUAUUCACGUGUGUUGGAAAAAAUUCGUCCGUUAGAAGAAAAACAGAAUAAAAUCAAAAAAAAUUUGGAAAGUUCAACGAGAAAAAUGGAAGAACUAAGUCAAGAUUUGAAAGUAGUUGACGAUAAGGUUGAAAAGUUUCGACAAACCUUUGAAAAAACAACAAACGAAGCACAACGAUUAAAAGUUGACUUAGAGAAAGCCAAUGAAAUCAUUGACGCAGCACAAAAUCUCGUUGGUAAACUCGAAGGCGAAUAUUCACGUUGGUCAACACAAGUCAACGAUCUUGAAGAUCAACUACGAAUUCUUCCUAAACUAUCGAUCUUAUCGGCUGCAUUUAUCACUUACCUCGCUAGUCAAUCCGAAGAUAAACGUGUGGAAUACAUAACUAAAUGGAGAGAAAUCUUACAGGUCGAUGAUCAAUUCGAUGUUAGAAAGUUUCUCUCGACUGAAAGUGAACAAUUAGUAUGGAAAAGUCAAGGUUUGCCUUCGGAUGAGUUAUCAAUGCAGAAUGCGAUGGUCAUUCUUCGUUCGCAAUUAUGUCCAUUUCUGAUUGAUCCAUCUUCACGUGCGACAGAGUGGUUGAAAACACAUUUGAAAGAGAAAAAAGUCGAAGUGAUCAAUCAGCAAGAUCAAAACUUUACAACACAGUUGGAAUUGGCUGUCCGAUUUGGCAAAACAUUGAUCGUUCAAGAAGUCGAUGGUGUCGAGCCGGUACUUUAUCCUGUUUUAAGAAGAGAUCUUGCCGCACAAGGACCACGACAUGUCGUUCAGAUCGGAGAGAAAACAAUUGACUUCAACUCAGAUUUUCGCAUUUAUUUAACCACUCGAAAUCCAACACCGGACUUAUUGCCCGAUAUGGCAGCUAUUAUUAAUGAAGUUAAUUUCACAACCACACGUGCUGGUCUUACUGGACAGUUAUUGGCAACUGCUAUUCAACAUGAAAAACCUGAAUUGGAAGUUCGUAAAACUGAACUUCUGCGAAAAGAAGAGGAACUGAAGAUUGAAUUAGCUAAACUGGAAGAUCAAUUGCUUGAGGAUCUUGCGAAUGCAACUGGUAAUAUCUUAGAAAACAAAGAAUUACUACAAUCACUGAAUAAAACCAAAGAAAAAGCGGCAACAAUAACCAAUUCACUGGAAGAGUCAGUGAGACUCGGUCGAGAUCUUGACAAAGAACGAAACGAUUAUCUAUCACUCGCUAAUGAUGGCAGCAAAUUAUUUUUUGUCAUCUCCGAUCUGUCGAAGGUCAAUAACAUGUAUCAAUUCAGUUUAGCGGCAUUCCUACGUUUAUUUCAACGAAAUCUUGAACGAACUGAUGCUAAUAGAGGUUCAUCACAAGAUCGAACAUCGUCUUUAACUAAAAAUCAAUUACGUGCCGCUUACACUUACAUAACUCGAUCGCUUUUCAAAGCCGAUCGUUUAAUGUUUGCCAUGCACUUAGUACAUGGAAUGGAUCCCAAGAAAGUUCCGGAUAAUGAAUGGGAACAUUUUAUUGGUUUAUCAAUUACUGAUGUGAAGGAAACUCGAGCUUUACCGUCAUGGGUUAAUGAAGAACGCACGUUUGAUGUCGCUUCAUUUCGAACUAAUUUCCCACAAUUAUUCUCAAAUCUUCGUUUUGACGACGAUUCCUGGUCGAGAUGGAAUUCUACUAACGAUUGUGAACUACAUUUUCCUGAAGAUAGACAUCUGACUCAGUUUCAACAGAUCUUAGUCAUACAGGCAUUUCGACCGGACAGGUUGGAAAGUGCAAUGAAGCAAUUUGCUUGUAGAAUACUGGGAAUCAAGGAUAUUUCACCGGAAACGUUGAAUCUUCGAAAGCUUUACACAAAGGAAACCAUUUCAACAGAACCAAUUUUGAUUAUUAUUUCACCCGGUGCUGAUCCGUCGGCAGAACUUCGCGACUUAGCGACGGAAAUCAUCGGCAAAGAUCGCUAUUUCGAAAUUGCCAUGGGUCAAGGUCAAAUGGAAAUUGCUCUCGAAUUGUUAAAGAAAUGUUCGAGUGAGGGUUCAUGGUUAUGUUUGAAAAAUCUUCAUCUAGUGACGCCUUGGUUAACUGUGUUAGAAAAAGAAUUAAAUGCGCUAAAACCUCACAAAAAUUUUCGUUUAUGGUUAACAUCAGAAGUUCAUUCGAAGUUUCCGACUAUCUUAUUACAAUCCAGUAUUAAAAUAACGUAUGAAGCACCGCCUGGUAUUAAGAAAAAUCUUCUCCGUACAUUCGAAAUAUGGACACCCGAAGAGUUUGAAAAAGGAAGUGUUGCACGUUCACAAACGCUUUUCAUCUUAGCAUGGUUUCAUGCCAUCAUACAAGAACGACGAAAAUACAUUCCUCAAGGUUGGACAAAAUUCUACGAGUUUUCUCAAGCAGAUCUACGUGCUGGUUAUGAAAUUAUCCACCGACUCUGCGAACGAGCUGCAAGACAAUCUGGUGGUGAAAUUCAAUGGGAAUAUAUUCAUGGUUUAUUCGAUCAAGCUGUCUAUGGUGGUCGAGUCGAUAAUCCAGUCGAUACAGAUGUACUGAAAUCGUAUUUGACUCAGUAUUUUAACUCUGCUAUUGUCGGUGGUACAAAAGGAUUAAAGAGUCGACUGGCCGCGAAUAUAAACUUGCCUAAUUCGACUGAGUUGCAUGAUUAUAAGAAGAUCUGUGAUGAAUUAAGUGAUAAUGAUACACCAAGUUUAUUUGGUUUACCAGAAAAUAUCGAACGAUCGGCACAAAGAAUGAAUAGUGCACAAAUCAUCAAUUCGCUGAAAGUUCUGCAACGUACCGAUCUUGAAGUGCAGAAGUUCGACAAAGAAAAAUGGAGUGCUUUGUUAGCACCAAUUCUCAAUCUUUGGAAAAAAUUAAAUCAAGACAUUGAUUUUAUCAAAUUAAAAGUUCAUCCACCCAACGAAGAUGGUUCUCUAUCACCUAUUCAAUCAUUUCUUCAAUUGGAACGUUACAAUGGUAUUCAACUUGUUCAAACUAUUCAUGAAAAUCUCGCCGCACUGUCGAAAGUCAUUCGUGGAAUUAGUUUAAUUACCAAUGAAAUUCAAGAAUACGCCCAAGAUCUUCUUACGAACGAGACUCCUCAAACAUGGCAAGACCGUUGGGAAGGUCCGACUGAUGCUCUACAAUAUCUUCGUGCUGUUGUCUCCAAAGCAAAAGCCAUGCAGCACAUUGCAAGUUCACUCAAAGAUCAAGACAUCUUUACUCAAACACUUAAUCUCUCGGAUCUCUUUCGUCCCGAUACGUUUCUCAAUGCGCUACGACAACAAACAGCAAGAAUGACGAAGCAACCAAUGGAUACCUUAGUUCUGAAUACUUCAUGGUCGGGAGAAGUGAAACACGGCAAAAAUGUCUCGAUUAAGAUUACUGGCUUACAAUUGGAAGGUUGUUCAUUCGAUAGCGGACGGUUAAGUGAAAGCGCACCGGAUUCGCCGAGUGUGUCUGCAUUUCCAUCGUGUUACAUUGCAUGGAUACCUCGAGACGUGGCGAAACAAGAAACGAGAGAUUCGAUUUCUCUACCCGUUUAUUUUAAUGCGGAUCGAGAGAAAAUGGUGACACGAUUGAAUGUUCCGUGCGGUACUGAAAAAGACAAGUGGCUACAAUGUGGAGCGGCACUUUUUCUAAAAAAUGUUUAA